UGUACUUUCGCCCAUCCUCUUUAAUGCGGAUUCUAAAUAAAGAUCAAAACAAUUUAUCGCAAAUUUUCCUCGUUUGAACAUAUUUGUAUUCAGGGUAAACCAUGGGGCUUCUGACAGUGUUGAAGAAAUUGAAGCAGAAGGAGAAGGAAAUGAGGAUUCUCAUGUUCAAUUGCUAAAGUUCAGUCUUAAAAACAAAGGUGGGAAAUAUUAUGACUUCAUGAAAUUGCAAAAUAUUCGAACAAUUAAUGUCGUAUGAUCAUCAGGGGACUGGACAACGCAGGGAAGACAACAAUUUUGAAACGAAUAGUGGGCGAACCAAUAGACACAAUAUCCCCAACCGUAGGUUUCAACAUCAAGACUCUGGAGCAUCAAGGGUGUAAACUCAACAUUUGGGAUGUCGGAGGUCAGAAAUCACUGCGGUCCUACUGGAGAAACUACUUCGAGAGCACCGAUGGACUUAUCUGGGUGGUGGACAGUGCUGACAAACGUCGUCUUGAGGACUGCAAAGUAGAAUUAUACAAAUUGCUCCAGGAGGAGAGACUCCAGGGAGCAAGUCUCUUGAUUCUAGCUAAUAAACAAGAUCUGCCGGGUGCACUGUCAUCGGCGGAAAUAGCUGAAGUGCUGGAGCUCGCUGGCAUCAAGACACAUCACUGGCAGAUACUCAGAUGCUCUGCUGUCACUGCUGAGAAUCUCGUCGAGGGAAUUGACUGGAUUGUGACUGACAUUGCAGCGAGAAUUUUCUAUCUCGAUUAAAAUGGCAGGCAGAUUUUUUCAUUCCGAAAAUAUCACAGAAAUAAGCAAUGUAUUCAUUUUUAGAAAUUAAUGAGUUAGAAAUUUCAUUGAAUGUACAUUUUUAAAUUAUUUUUUUAAUUAACGAAAAUUCCAAGUUAUAAGAUGUUUUAAUAUUAUUUGAAUAAUAAAUGGUUUACAUAGAAAAGACAAGACAAAUUUGA